UUUAAAUCUCAUCGACCUACUGGAUUACUAUUUUUUUACGUUUCCAUCGUGGAUGACUGAGCUUCGUAUUUUUAUGGGGUGACCGAAGUAAUACAAGGCCUAAUUUCAUUACUGACAAUGUUGAAUGCACAGCGUUGCAGUGAUUACAGAUGAUCUCUGAUGUAGGUUAGUGCAAACAGAAAGCACUUUCAAAUAGGACAUCUAAAUGUCAGAAGGUGUCCUAGCAUAGCGUUUCAUGCUUUGGCCAGGCAUUUUUAAAAAUGGCCACGUAUCAAGUUGACUAUCAGUGGGCUUAUACCAUAAUGGAUUCAUCUAGAAUAUCCACUUUCCUAAUAUCAAUUUUAUUGAUAGUCUAUGGCAGUUUCCGAUCUUUAAACAUGGAACAGGAAGCUAGAGAAAGAGAAAAAGAAAAGGAGCGUAGUAAUUUAUUGACUGGAAUUUUGAGUAACAAUAGCACAGCAAACGCAGAUGGUGCUAAUGGAAGAGUUCAAACCUUAAACACAAUGCAUGCUCUCUGUCUACCUCUUGGUGCUUCUAUUUCUCUACUUGUCAUGUUUUUCUUUUUUGACAGCAUGCAGAUGCUUGUAGCAAUUUGUACAGCUAUUGUAGCUGCAGUUGCAUUGGCAUUUCUUCUUUUACCAAUGUGUCAAUAUAUCAUUAGACCAUGUUCAGAUGGUAAUAAAAUAUCCUUUGGUGUCUGUGGAAGGUUCACUGGUGCAGAAUUACUUUCAUUUUCAUUGAGUGUGAGUAUAGUAUGCAUCUGGGUACUGACUGGGCAUUGGUUACUCAUGGACGCAAUGGGUAUGGGACUUUGUGUAGCAUUCAUUGCAUUCAUUCGAUUACCUAGUCUAAAGGUAUCCACCAUACUAUUAACUGGAUUACUCAUUUAUGAUGUCUUCUGGGUUUUCUUUUCAUCCUAUAUAUUCAGCACAAACGUAAUGGUUAAGGUAGCAACUAGACCAGCAGAUAAUCCAGUGAAUCUUGUGGCUAGGAGGCUACACUUGGGUGGUGUAGCAAGAGAAGCACCAAAACUUCCUUUACCUGGAAAAUUAGUGUUUCCAUCAAUGCAUCAAGCAGGACAUUUUUCAAUGUUAGGUCUUGGUGAUGUUGUUAUGCCAGGCCUGUUGCUUUGCUUCGUCUUACGAUAUGACGCGUACAAAAAGACUCAAUUGUUGCCGGGUGGUUGUGAAACAGGAGUUCCACCGCCGCGUCACAUUAAUCGCAUUAGUUAUUUCCAUUGUUCACUUAUCGGUUAUUUUCUUGGUUUACUUACUGCUACUGUAAGCUCUGAGGUGUUCAAAGCUGCGCAACCUGCCUUAUUGUACCUUGUGCCCUUUACUUUAUUGCCAUUACUCACAAUGGCAUAUUUAAAGGGAGAUUUACGUCGAAUGUGGAGCGAACCAUUCAUAUCUCAACAGCCUUCCAAACAUAUGGAAGUUUGACAACAGUCAAGGGUUUGUGUAUAUUACACAUUAUGGGAGGAAAACUACUUGUAGAAUCCCAUUGUCACUUAUCAUAACGUCCUUAUUUUUAUCAAUGUCAUUUAAUGUAAGUAAUUUUUUUUUACACAUGCGUCUUUUAA